GCUAUCGAAAUUUGGGAAGAACUAUCGACUCCUUGCUCAGCUCUCUUGAAAACGUGUAAUUCGUUUUACAAUCCGGCGACAACUUUCUGGGAAAAUAAUCGCACCUGUUAAUCAUGCCUGAACUCACUGAAAUUAAGAAUGAGGCUGCACCCUCUACGUCGGCUGAGGCGAAGCCCGAGGAUGUGCGCGUGGAGGAUGAUGGUAGUGAUAGCGAUUCGGAUGACACCAUCCCAGAUUUGGAAGAAGCCGGUGCAGGCACCACACAGUUGGGCGGCGGUGCCACCGGUCUGCCUAUCGAUGUCGUGUCCAAGGCCAAGCAAUCACGGGGUGAGAAAAAGGCGCGCAAAAUAAUGCUAAAGUUGGGUCUGAAACAAAUCCAGGGCGUAAAUCGUGUAACCAUCCGUAAGUCGAAGAACAUUCUGUUCGUCAUCAACAACCCGGAGGUAUACAAGAACCCCCAUAGUGACACAUACAUUGUAUUCGGCGAAGCAAAGAUCGAAGAUUUGUCGCAGCAGGCCCAAGUUGCUGCCGCUGAGAAGUUUAAGGCACCCGAAUCGGCUGGAGCUUCUGACCUUAUUAAUCAGACAACGUCGGUGGCGCCAAUCGCAGAGGAAGACGAGGAGGAGGUGGACGACACGGGCGUCGAUGAAAAGGACAUUGAACUGGUAGUCGUACAAGCAAAUACAACGCGUGCGAAGGCCAUUAAGGCUCUAAAGAACAAUAACAACGAUAUAGUAAACGCAAUUAUGGAGCUGACCAUGCUCUAAAGCGUGAAUACCUCCUUGCGCUGAAAAAAACUAUUUUGUUGAUUACCCGCCUUUUGACCAAUAAAUUGAUUGCUAAACGUGCGUCCGUCCGCGUCGCUCGUCACGCUGAGUCAAACAUUUUACAAUAAUACCAGCAUAACUUAAUAUCGAAGAAUAAAAUUAAAUUUCUUUAAAACCA